UUUAAAGCGGAGGCAUAAACCAUGUAGGGUGAAUCGCCAACUUCCUUUUUUACUGUGGCCGCCAUACCGUGAGGAGCGUGGUUCCCGGCGAGCCGAAAAUAACUACCGAAAAUGGCUUGUGCCCGACCCCUCAUCUCGGUGUAUUCCGAGAAAGGAGAAUCCUCAGGCAAAAAUGUUGUCAUGCCUGCAGUGUUCAAGGCCCCUAUUCGCCCUGAUGUGGUGAAUUUUGUGCACACCAACAUGCGCAAGAACAACCGCCAGCCUUAUGCAGUCAGCGAACUGGCAGGCCACCAGACCAGUGCAGAGUCCUGGGGUACAGGAAGAGCUGUGGCCCGUAUCCCUCGUGUGAGAGGUGGUGGUACUCACCGUUCUGGCCAGGGUGCUUUUGGAAACGUAUCCUCUUGAUGAUUACAAGAGUUUUUCCCACUUUGUAAUAUGUAUACUGAGGCAAACUUAAUUCUGUGGGCUUGCUGUGAUGGUGUAAUUUGCUUUUCUCUGUCAUUGUUAAGAAUCAGUCAAAGACAAUCUUCCCUUUUAGGACACCGCAUUGAGGAAAUCCCUGAGGUCCCACUGGUGGUUGAAGACAAAGUUGAGGGCUACAAGAAGACCAAGGAGGCAGUGCUGCUGCUGAAGAAGCUCAAAGCCUGGAAUGACAUUAAGAAGGUCUAUGCCUCUCAGCGUAUGCGUGCCGGUAAGGGUAAGAUGAGGAAUCGCAGACGUAUCCAGCGCAGAGGGCCGUGCAUUAUCUAUAACCAAGAUGCUGGCUUAACCAAAGCCUUCAGAAAUAUCCCCGGCAUCACUCUGCUGAACGUGAACAAACUGAACCUUUUGAGGCUCGCUCCCGGUGGUCACGUUGGACGGUUCUGCAUCUGGACCGAGAGUGCUUUCCGCAAGCUGGAUGACCUGUACGGCACAUGGCGCAAGGCUGCCUCCCUGAAGGUUGACUACAACCUGCCAAUGCACAAGAUGACCAAUACAGACCUGACCAGGAUUCUGAAGAGUGAGGAGAUCCAGAAAGCACUUCGUGCACCCAACAAGAAGCUCAACCGCAGAAUUCUGAAGAAGAAUCCUCUGAAGAAUUUGAACAUAAUGCUCAAACUGAAUCCUUACGCCAAGACAGCAAGACGUCAUGCCAUCCUCAAGCAUGACCCUGCGAUUAAGGCCAAGAUGCUGAAACCCAAGAAGAGGCCCGGAAAGAAGGGUGCACCUGCUAAGCCCAAGGCAUAAACCAAUACAUACAGACUGGAGUUCAGUGAUGAAUAAAUCAGUUGUUUCAAA